CAUUUUCCAUGUACAUUGACUGCUACCAACACGUUGAAGAAACUUUCCUGACAAUCUAAAAAGGAAAAUGACGUCCCAAAGCAAGACAAUAUUCGUCAGAAAUAUUCCUUAUUCUAUCACAAAUGAACAGCUGGAAAAUAAGUUUUCUGACUUUGGACCAAUAAAGCAAUGUUUUCUUGUAAAUGACAAAGCAAGUGGCAAGAGUCGAGGGUUUGGCUACAUCAAGUUCACCGUGUUGGAGGAUGCCAAGCAAGCAAAGGAAGCCAAAAUUACCAUUGAGGGCAGAAAACUGAUUGCUGACUUUGCAGACAUCACAAAGAAGAAAAAACCUAACAAACGAGACAGACCAAAGAAUGUGGAAAGGGUGAAGUCUGAUGAAGCAUCCAGCCAGAAUGAGGAGGGAGAGGCGGAGAAUAGAGGGGGUAGUGAGGAGGAUGGGGUCGGGAACAGUGAUGACGGUGGUGGAGACCUUGGUGAUAAAGAAAGCGCAGUGCAGCAUGCACAGAGUGAACUGUCCCAGAAGGAUCAGAACAUGAAAUACCACAAGGCGAAGAUCGUUGUUUUGACCGGGCUGCCAGCCAAUAUGAAGAUAGAGGAACUCAACAAAUGUCUCAUCAAAAUGGGUGUGAAGCAGCUAGCUGAAAGCAGAGCGGUUGGCCAGAAGAUUGCUCACUUGAAGUUCAAGUGUAUCCGGGAUGCCAAACGUGCCAUCAGGAAACUACACAACCAUCCCUAUAAAGACAGUAUGUUACAAGCUGUGCAGAUGUCCCAAGGGAGAGUGGAAGACCCCCAGUCAGCCGCCCGGAGGUCAAGGGUAAUAGUCAGGAACCUCUCAUUCAAGUGUAAUGAGGAAGGACUGAGAAAGGCAUUCCAACACUGCGGGGAAAUCAUAGACAUCAAACUUCCCACCAAUACAGGUGGACAGUUGCUAGGGUUUGGAUUUGUGCAGUUUCAAAGCCUGGAGGAAGCAGCCAGGGCUGUGGAGCAGAUGAAUAACAAGAAAAUACUCGGCCGUCCUGUGGCUGUAGACUGGGCCUUGCCAAAGGCAAAAUACCAGUCGGUACAACAACAGGAAAACAACGAAGAGAGUGACAAGGAAUCAGAUGACAGGUUGUUGAGUGCAGAAAGUGAGGUUUCUUCUGAUGAAGAAAAGCAGAAAGUACCAAGCAGGGAAAGUAACUCUACCCAGAAACGCAAACACGAAGAAUCUGAUGAUGAAGGCUUGUCUCCUUGCGACAGUGAUGAGGCUGAUGAUGAUGAGGACGAGGAUGUUGAUAAGAAGCCAGGAAUGGAAUACCAAAAUCAGAUGACUGAUGAAUCUGAAAGUGAUGCUGAUAAUGAUGGAGAUACUGAUGAUGAGGAGGAGGAUGACAAAUCCAGUAAAAAGAGACAGAAAAAAACAAAAGCAGCAGUGAGGAAUGAUACAGAUGAUAGGUGCACAGUGUUCAUAAGAAACCUGUCAUUUGAUACAACAGAGGAUGGAUUGCACAAGUUCUUCUCCCAGUUUGGAGCCCUUCAAUACGCCAAGGUGGUCAUCAAUCAGAACACAGAACACUCCAAAGGUAUGGGGUUUGUAAGGUUUAAGGAGCAGGACUCGGCAGACAAGUGUCUGGCGGAGGGCGAGGCAGGGAGUCUAAGUUUAGAUGGACGGCAGCUAAUCCUGUCCAAGGCUGUGUCACGGGAAGCAGCUGCUGGCUUCAAGGAUGACAAGGAGAAGGAAAAGAAGGAUAACCGCAACCUCUACCUGGCCAGAGAGGGAUUAAUACGGCCAGGAACUCAGGCUGCUGAGGGGCUGUCAAAGGCAGAUCUUGACAAGCGCAUCAAGGUUGAGGAGUUGAAGCGUCAUAAGCUGAAGAACAUUAACAUCUUCAUUUCCCCCCUCCGUCUGUGUGUACGCAACAUACCGGCCACUGUAGAUGACCAGCAACUCAGGAAAAUAUUCAAGGAUGCUGCUGGAGGUGGCAAUGUUAAUGAGUGUCGUAUAAUGCGUGACCGAGCCCGGGUGAAUGCUGAAGGCAAAGGCAAAUCUAUGGGGUUUGCUUUCAUUGCUUUCACCCAACAUGAGCAUGCCCUAGCUGCCCUCCGACACACAAAUAACAACCCAGACAUCUUUGGAGAUAAAAAGAGGCUGAUAGUGGAAUUUUCCCAGGAGAACAGGAAGGCCCUGGAGAUUCAGGCCAAGAGGAGGGAACGGAUUCAGUCGAAGCAGUCCCUGAAGCAGACAAUGAAGCAGGAGAUGGGUAAUGCAAGGAGAGCCGAGAUCGGUGGGGCAAGAAGAGCCCAGGGUAAGGCCCUCCCACUCAUACACAUGGCAGACAAGGACAGGCCGGCUAAGGGCGAGAAACAGCCCAAAGGCCUGCCAUCCCACUGGGGCCCAAAGAUACGUCACAAGGCACGCCCCUCCCAGGAGCUGGCAACAAAGAAGGCCCGACAGGAACGUAAACAGGGAAGAGGUCAGAGAGCACAGAAACGAGAGGCAUAUGGGCAAACACAGGCUCCAAAGUUGCAGAAGCAGAGGAGAGGAAGUGACUAUGAUCAAUUUGAUAACAUGGUUAAUAAAUACAAAAACAACAUUAUGGCUAAAAAGAAGUCAAAGUGGUUUGAGUGAAAUAUGUGGUAAUAGCUAUUGCAAUACAUUCUUCAGGAUUUCAAAUUAGCCAUGGUACAUUCAUUGUAUUUUAUAAACAUUUUUCAAACUACAGUCAAAUCUCGCCACGUCAAAGUCAUCGCUUAACUAGAUAAUAAGGCUUUUAAACCAUUGCAAUGGGAUUUUAUAUUUUUUAAUCAGUAAAUUUUGGUUACCUGAUGAAUAAUGGUUGUUUUGGUAACCUGAUAGUUUUGGUUACCUGAUAAAUAAUGGUAGUUUUUGUAACCUGGUGAAAAGUGGUAGUUUAGGUUACCUGGUGAAUAAUGGUAGAAUUAGUUACCUUAUGAAUUAUGUUGGUUACCUGAUGAUUAAUGUUGGUUACCUGAUGAAUAAUGGUAGUUAUGGUUACCUGGUGAAUUAUGUGAUUAUUGGUAGCCUGAUAGUUUUGGUUACCUGGUGAAUUAUGUUAGUUUUGGUAACCUGAUGAAUAAUGGUAGUUUUUGAAACCUGGUGAAUAGUGAUAGUUUUGGUUACCUGGUGAAUAGUGAUAGUUUUGGUUACCUGAUGAAUAAUGGUAGUUUUUGUAACCUGGUGAAUAGUGGUUGUAUGGGUUACCUGAUGAAUUAUGUUGGUUACCUGAUGAAUUAUGUUGGUUCCUUGAGUACUAAUAGUAGUUUUGGUUACCUGAUGAAUAAUGGUAGUUUUUGUAACCUGGUGAAUAAUGAUAGUUUGGGUUACCUGGCGAAUAGUGUUGGUUACAUGAUGAAUAAUGGUAGUUUUGUUUACCUGAUGAAUAAUGUUGUUACCUGAUGAAUACUGUUUGUUACCUGGUGACACUAAUGGUAGCUUUGGUUACCUGGUGAAAUAAUGUUGGUUGCCUGAUGUGAAUAAUGUUGGUUGCCUGAUGAAUAAUGGUAGCUUUGGUUACCUGGUGAAUUAUGUUGGUUGCCUGAUGUGAAUAAUGUUGGUUGCCUGAUGUGAAUAAUGUUGGUUGCCUGAUCAAUAAUGGCAGUUUUGGUUUUAUGCAUCCAAUUGUAUAAACCGGUUAAUUCUUUUGUUUGGUUUAAAUAAAUUAUGGUAGUUUUGGUAUCUUGGUAGAUGUUGGAAAUCAAGCAGUUAUUUAUUUUAAAAAAAUAGAUACUGUUAUUCAGGGGAAGUACAGUGUUUUCUUUUCGCAAAAACACGAAAAAAGCAACACAAUGUAUAUGUUUUAAGAAAAUUUCAAUGUAUUAUCCUUUGUUUAGAUUCAAUAAGUUGCUGUCUGUAAUAAAAUAAAGGACAAAUAAAUCAAAAUGCAAGAGUG